AGGAAGAACAGCGGCGGCGGCGGCAGCAGCAGCAGCGGGGGGCAGAAGAGAUGGAGGCGAAAGGCAGAAACAUGCAUCCAGAUCUCAGUUUCCUCCCCCGCCCGGCGAUGGUGUGGUGCGAGCGGGGCAUCCAGGUGCUGCUGACCACCAUGGGGGCGUUCGCGGCCUUCGCCCUCAUGACGGUGGCCAUCGGCACCGACUACUGGCUGUACGCCCGCGCCUUCAUCUGCAACAGCACGGCCAACUCGUCGCAGGACGACUCCAACAACAUGGACAAGAAGGACCCCGGGGCCCUCACCCACUCCGGCCUCUGGAGGAUCUGCUGCCUGGAAGGCCUGAAGCGAGGUGUGUGUUCCCAGAUAAACCAUUUCCCAGACGACGUAGACUACGACCAAGAUUCUGCAGAGUAUCUGCUGCGUGUGGUCCGGGCCUCCAGCAUCUUCCCCAUCCUCAGCGCCGUCCUGCUCCUGCUGGGCGGCGUGUGCGUCGCCUGCAGCAGCUUCUACAAGAGCAAGAGGAACAUCGUUCUCGGAGGAGGGAUCCUGUUCGUGGCCGCCGGCCUCAGCAACAUCAUCGGGGUGAUCGUCUACAUCUCGGCGGCCCUGAGCGACAUCUCGCCCAAGAAGGACGAGGACAAGAAGUGGCACUACUCCUACGGCUGGUCCUUCUACUUCGGCGGCCUGUCCUUCAUCCUGGCCGAGAUGGUGGGCGUGCUCGCCGUCAACAUCUACAUCGAGAAGAACAAGGAGCUGCGCUGCCGCUCGCGCGCCGACCUCUUCAAGAGCACCACGCACGCCGUCCUGCGGCUGCCCAGCUACCGCUUCCGCCGGCGCUCGCGCUCCAGCUCGCGCUCGACCGACCCGCCGCGCUCCCAGGAGGGGUCGCCGGUCGGCGCGUCCAACAAGACCUUCAGCCUGCCGCCGUCCGCUCCGCCCUUCUCCGUGGCCACCUUGCCCAACCCGCACCACGGCGGCGGCGGCGGUGGCGGCGGUGGCGGCGACAUCUCCAUGUACACCCUGACGAGGGACUCCAAGCUGGGCAGCCUCGGAGGCGGCGCCCCGCCUCUCUACGGCACGGUGGACCGCUCCACGCUGUACCAGCUACACAACUACUUCCCAAAGGAGUCCACCGGCGGCGGCGGCGGCGGAAGAAGCGGAAGCGGAAGCGGGGGAGCGGCGGUAAGCGGGGGAGCGGCGGUAAGCGGCGGCGGCGGCGGCACACUCCCAUCUCACUCCAAGUCCAACUUGGCGGCGGCGGCUGCGGCGGCGGCUGCGGCGGCGGCGGCCGUAGCCCAGAACGCGGCGCCGCUGAAUACCUCGGCGUCGGCCGCCACGCCGACGCAGGCGGCUCCGAUAUCCACGGCCACCAUGGAGAGGGACCGGGGCAACAUGGGAACGCUGGACCGCCUCACGGCCAAAAGGGACCGGGACAGCAACUCGGAUACUCUGAACAGGAAAACCACGCCAGUUUAAAGAAGAGAAAACGAAGCCUCGGAGAGGGAGGGUCGACAUAUUUAGUAUUUAGAUUAGAUUUAGAUUAGAGUUGAGAGGAAGAGGGGGCGUUUCCAUCCUUGACCCUGAGGGUAUCGAGCUGCCAUAUUUACUUACCGAUAAACAUUCAGACACCACCCGACAUUACGGGUAAACUUCAUGACGACUGCCUUAAAACGGUCAUGACUCGAGCUUCGGGAGCCGUGCUUGGUGCAACGGAGACUUCAAGCUCCAUUGUUUUGGGAGCUUUUCCAGUAAAAGCAGCCUCCCGGUGCCUUGCUCAAGAGGCCGAGGAACACAGCAGUUAUCUUACUGUGAUAUUUUAUCAAACCGCUAGACGGGAUUACCAAGAUUUCGCGAUUUCGAAGUCACAAGACGUCCCCCGUUCAACCUAAAACACUUUAGAACCUCGGAAAUAAUACGACUUUUAAAAAGUGUCCCGAUGUUAUGAGCCACAAUUCUCUACUAUAAUGUUAUUGUUUAAACAGAACCGUGAGCCACAGACGGGAACCCUCUUCAUUCGGCUAAAGCAACAAGCUGCUCAGGUGACACCCAACACAAGGUCAAGGUCAACCGUUGCUACUUAACCUCAGCCGUGUCUAACCUACUGACACACACACACACACACACACUCGCCUAUUUAUUUAGGUGUCUCGGAGGUAGUCACGGUGACUGAUGGGCAUCGUCCACACGUCCGUACACGCCGAGCUUCGCCCUCGACGCCUCCGUUACACCGGGUACGGUGGCCUGUGAUGGACCAAAUACAACGGCAGCUCUCUCUAAAGUUUAUAAUCACACACAAAAAACGUGGUUUUAAAAUGUAAGAAAACGUCGGCAGCCGAUCAAGUCUUGCUUCUGAUCGCCGGUAUUGAUCGACCGCACAGCGUCGUCAGAUGGAUGCAGCUUCGAGGUCAAUGGAAGGGUUCGUAUGACUGGUUCAGAAGGUGAUGUCAUCGCGAAGGCAACAAGGCAGCA